AUGGGGGUAAGGUUGUCUUUAUUGGCACCUUCUGCUCCGACUGUUGCCAUUUCAUCUUAUGUCGAUGUAAUAGAUAAUUUGAAAUAUAUUGAGGUAAUAAACAACUCUCGAUUUCUCAAGACGAUAAAGGCAAUUGAUAUAUCGACAGGAAAUUUAGUAGUAGUGAAAAUACUAAUAAAACCUUCUGAUGGUCUCCAGACACACUCAAUUCACUUACAAGAGGUCCAGGAAUUAAUUGCAAAAGAGUCACUGCUUUUGUGCCAACUGAAAAGUAUAUUGCCAUGGCACAGGAUAAUUGAAACAGAUAGAGCAGGUUAUUUGAUAAGGCAAUUAGUUAAGACAAAUCUAUAUGAUAGGCUAUCACUCAGGCCAUUCCUUGAACCAAUUGAAAAGUUGUUUUUUGUAUUUCAAAUGCUUAAAAUUAUAGAAAGCAUACACACCCAUUUGCAUAUCCAUCAUGGAGAUUUAAAAUUAGAGAACUUUCUUGUCACAUCAUGGAACUGGCUCAUGUUGACAGACUUUGCAGCAUAUACGAAGCCAACAUAUAUUCCGGAAGAUAAUCCUAAUCAGUUUUAUUUCUAUUUCGAUACAUCGGACAGAAGAGCUUGUUACCUUGCACCCGAGAGAUUCUACAAUUCAAAGAAGCACACACACCCUAAACAAAACAUAAACGAUAAUGGAGCAUUUAGUGGUAAGGAUCAACUUACAGAUUCAAUGGACCUAUUUAGUUUAGGGUGCAUAAUAGUCGAAUUAUAUUCCGAUGGUGAACCUACUUUUACCUUGUCACAAGCAUUUCGAUACAUGAAGGAGCAAUACAAACCUGAUCUAAGUGGUAUUGAAAAUAAACAUAUAAAAGAUAUUGUGAGCCGUUUGCUUGUGAAGAGCCCCACAAGCCGUCCCUCUGCUACAACGGUUUUGGAGGAAUACAGGAACAUAUGCUUUCCGGGAUUCUUCUACGAUUUUUUAUUUGAAUUCAUGUCAGAACUUAAUAACAACGACUUGUUUGUAGUUCCUGAAAAUCAAACUAAUGUAUCUUCGAGUGAUUUGAGGAUAGAAAAGAUUUACAAUAGUUAUGAACUAAUAGCUAAGGAGCUAAAUUUUAGUUACGAUGUUCUGACGUCAACUGAUUCCGAAGACAUCACGAAUCAAUUGUCUCUUAAUCUACCUGGCAUUCCAUCCAAUUACAAGCUUCGCCCAAUGUCAGCAUUUUCUGGUAAUGAAUAUCUGGACGAAGCAUCUUUAAUAAUUUUGAAUUACGUUUUUUCGAUGAUGAAAUCUUUGCGGAGAACGUCAUCGAAACUAAAGGCAUGUGAACUAAUAGUUGCAUUGUCUGAAAGAAUCAGCGAUGAAUGUAAGCUAGAUAGAUCCUUGCCGUACCUCACUACAUUACUUGAAGAAUCCACUGAGCAACCUCUAUCGAACUUUCCUUCGAAUAUGACAGCGGCAAAAAUUAAUGAAAUACAGGACUUCUCAGCUAAUGUGGUGAGUCUUGCACUAAUGUCGAUAACUACUAUCCUAUCCUUGUGUACAUAUAUUACUCCGCUUAAUGUUUUGCUAUUCACAGAGUAUCUUUUACCUAAAUUAUCAAGACUUACUCGUUCAAAUUUCAAAGAAGACCAAAUGACAUUAAUCAAAAUAACAUUGGCUUCUUGUGUUCCAAGUUUAGCAGAAAUUGCUAAAAGGUUUUGGAUGAUGUCAAAUACCUUCAAAAGUGAUGUGCUUAAGUCCCAUAAUGCAAAACUCAAGACAUAUUCUAUCGCAAAUGCUGACGAAGACCUAUAUAACACGUUUAGUAUUCCCAAAGAGCAACUUGAUUUGGAAUUUGAAAAUCUAUCCUUGCAAUUACUCACAGACCCAAAACCUCAAGUGAAGAUAAGUUUAGUCAAUAGCAUUUUACCGUUAUGCAGAUAUUUCGGAAUUGAUAAAACAAAUGACAUUUUAUUACCUCACUUGAUCACUUAUCUAAAUGGAACCAGCUUUGAAUUAAGAUUAGCCUUUUUGUCGUCAAUGUUGCAAGUGGGCCCUUUUGUGGGUGUAUUGUCUUUUGAACAAUAUCUACUACCGUUAUUAGUCCAGACCCUAAAAGACCAGGAGCAGUUCGUGGUCUUGAAGGUUUUGGAGGUGUUUUGUCACUUUGUCGAUAUAAAAUUAAUAAAUCCAAAAGUUGAGUUCAACGCUUUGGAUAUUUAUAAAGAGCUUUUAACAAGUAGCAUAAGAUUAUUGUUGCAUCCAAACGAAUGGAUUCGUCAAUCUGUACUCAAUUUGAUUUUAGCUAUUAGUUCAAAUUUGACUGACGCGGAUAGAUACUGCUUUCUUUACCCCCACAUUAAAGGUUUUUUAACUUAUGAUAUAACCACUAUUGACUGGAAUUCUUUAUAUCCUUGUGUGAGCCAACCAUUGGCAAGGCAAGUCUUUGAAACAGCGAUUACCUGGUCUCUCAAUGCGACUAAUAAGUCAUUGUUUUGGCGCCAAAAAAACUUGUCAGCUGCUUAUGACUUGAGUACUAGCAAAAAGAAAAAAAUCAUUUCUUACUCCAAAAACAUGGGAAAAUCAGUUUAUUUGCCUAAAUCUAAUACUGAUUCAACUUUCUCCCCGCUGAACGAAAAUACUUCCAAUGUUCUUUUGUCUCCAGAGGAUAAAAGGUGGAUCAUCAAGUUAAAAGCCGUGGGACUUCAUGAUAAAGACUUAUGGAAAGUGUUUGUACUCAGAGAUUACAUUUUUCAUGUUAGUAGAAUACCUGCUACCAACGCAACUGAGUAUGAGAGCGCAUUUUUGGAAUACUCAAGGAAUAUGAAUAUUUCGCCACGAAAUAUCUUCUUUGAAACCUAUUUCAAAUCUGAGCCAAUCGCCCCAAUAUCAUCCUCGGAGGGACCUAAGUCAUCAAACUCAGAUGAAGGCAGCACGUCUCGAAGAUCUUACAAUUCUUCCUUAUUGACUAACUUCAGCAAAGUCAAAGCGUCUUUACAAACAGUACAAGCAAACGUUUUUGGCGAGUUGGAAACUAAGCAUGAUUCGGUUCACGGAUCCUCAAAUGCCCAUAUGCAUCAUGAUCAUUCAGCAUCCAACCUAAACUCCACUAACCGCGUCUUUAGCAUCAACAAUUCAAAAGUCAUCACAGCUAACACCCAACAUAACUACAAAGGAGAGAACCCAUACAUCUUGAAAUAUUUGGCCACUGUUGAUUUAGAACCGGUUUUGGAUAGCUUCCCAGAGUUCGGUCCAUUGAUCAAGGACACCAAAUUUUCUACAAAAGAGGAUUGGAGCCCAAAAGGGGUAUGUGUAGCUAACAUCAACACAAACAUUGAAAGCAAGGAUAUUGAUUCCUUAACUUGCGUUGCAGUGGGGCCGACAUCAGAAUUUUUCGUUACCGGCUCAGAAUCUGGUCUCGUAAGAGUCUGGGAUACCUUUAAGCUUGAAAAGAUAUCUAGCCUGAGGAAACCAAGCACGUCAAUCAAUUUUCAAUCCGCCAUAACAUCAAUCAAUUUUCUAAAAAAUAGAUUUGUUAUUUCCGUUACAACUAAGAGUGGAAUGAUUAAUCUUUUGAAAAUAGAUGUUACACGAUCCAAAAAUAAAAGGAUUACAAAGUAUUCUAAACCGUCACUAAUAAGGUCACAUCAGAUGAACAUAGAAGAGGACGGUUUUUUUAUACAUUCAGAAUUAUUUGAAGAUUCAAAGCAAUGUAUGCUCUUGGGAAUCACGUCUACUUCAAAAUUAAUCGGAUUUGAUUUGAUUAAGAUGGAGAAAAAAAUUGAACUUCAAAAUCCUUUAAUAAAUGGAGUUGUAAAUACCUUCAUACAUGAUGAUAAGUGUUCCUGGAUAUUAGUGGGAUUCAGUACUGGUAUUUUAUGUCUCUGGGAUUGUAGGUUUAGUUGCAUACUUAAAACCUGGAGAGUAUCUCAGAACAAAGAUAACAUUGAAAUUAAAAAGUUAGUUUUGUUACCGAGUGAGAUGAAAUUUGAUUGGCUCGCAAGAACAAGAAAAGACCUAGACUAUUUUGCAAUGAUAGGAGGUAGUAACGAAUCAUGCAUCACUAUCUGGGAAAUCCCAUCAUUUGAAUGUCGAUGUGUUUUAAACCCAAACACUGUCAGAUCAGACACUAUGAGCUUUUCGCUUCAGGAGGUAACCACAAACUCAGAUUUGUUGUCGGCUUCAGAUAUCUUGUCAUCUUUAACAGCUUUCAGCCGUGAUGAAACCAUCGAUUACAAAAUGACGAAGGACUUGAAUAUAACUAAAAUUGCAUCAAAAUUCUACUUAGCAAGCACAACCUUCGAUAAGCGUAUUACACUUUGGAAUCUUGAAGAUCCGGUGGCGUCGAUUUCAAUUAAUAAUGGGUCAAGUACCCAAUUUGUUGUCAAAAAAGGUUCAAAUUAUAAUUCUAUUGGUCAAGUUACAAAAGAAAAGGGCUUGGAAAGGACAUCCGAAGACACAAUUCGUGGCUUUAUGAAUCUGAAUAUUACACAUGAAGACGUCAUUAAUGGGAUAGAAGUAAUUUCGAAGCCUUCGAACAUGAUAAUUUCAGUAGACCGUAGCGGCUACAUUAACUUAUAUAAAUAG